GCUGCGAUUGGCUAGAAAGCGUGUCAGCGUUUGAAUGGGACUCUCCGUAUCCAUUUUUCUGUGAUGUACAUAGACGCCGGCUGCAACAAUGGGGCCGUUAAGAGUCAUGUCCGUGUUGGAUUUAAUGUUAGUGUGUUUGGCGUUUUCUCCGUGCGGCGCUCGUGAUGUGGACUCCAGCUACGUGACGUGUGGAUCUCUGGUCAAACUGAUGAACACUCGGCACAGCGUCAGACUGCACUCGCAUGAUGUCAAAUACGGCUCAGGAAGCGGGCAGCAGUCAGUAACGGGUGUGGAUUCAGCUGAUGAUGCCAACAGCUACUGGCGUAUUCGUGGAAAACCAGGCAGCGUUUGCCAGCGUGGGGCACCCAUUCGAUGCGGACAGGCCAUCAGAAUCACACACAUGACCACCGGACGCAACCUGCACUCCCAUCACUUCAGCUCGCCGCUGUCUAACCACCAGGAAGUGAGUGCGUUUGGGGAAAAUGGAGAAGGAGACGAUUUAGACGUCUGGAACAUCCAGUGCAGUGCCACAUACUGGGACCGUGAGGACGCGGUGCGAUUUAAACACACCGGCACCGAGGUUUUCCUCAGCGUUACCGGAGAGCAGUACGGUCAUCCAAUCAGAGGCCAGCGUGAGGUCCAUGGAAUGCCUUCGCCCAAUCAGCAUAACUACUGGAAGGUGAUGGAGGGGGUUUUUAUUCAGCCCAGCAGUGACCCUAUUCAUCACGACGAGCUCUGAUGAUGCCGAUACAUCAAUGUUGUGAACUGCAAAAAAAACCUUUCUAUAUACAUUUAUCGGUCCAAUUCUUAUAUACGUGUUGCAGAUUUGUCACUUCUACACAUUUGCUUCGGAGACAGAAGUCACGCACAAUAUGUACAUCACAGACAAAUAGAUGAAAAGGUUUGUUUUACUGGAUUUCUUAUGAAGGGAAUUUGUUAUUUGUACAUAAGGGAAAAAAAGGGCAAGGUUUUGGGCCACAAAAUCGACUUAUUUAUUUUAGAAUUAAAUAUUACACUGGAACAAAUUACAUUGUUGACUUGCAAAAUAAUUUUGGCCAUCCUGAAAUAUUACUGGAUUUACUGUGGGGAAAGUGUAAACUGGCUAUUUCUGUUUUGGUAACACUUCACAAUAAGGUUCAAUUAGUUAAUGCAUUAAUUUAAUACAGUUAUUACAUUAUGAACUCAUUUUUGCUGUUUGGUAACAAUACAACUGAAAGUUUAAGUUAUAUGGCUAAAUCCAGUACAGUGCACUAAAUAGUAACAUUUAGGUUCAAAAUAAAUACAAUUUUUGAUUGUAAUAAUUAGUAAACAUUAGAAUGAACAUGCAUUGAUCAAUGAAUGCCUUAGAAGUAGUUUUCAUUUCAUGUACUUAACUAAUGUCAACAAAUAAAACCUUAUUGUAAAGGGUUACAAAUAUUUUAUUUUCUAAUAGGACUGCUUUUGUGUAGACUAAUUCCCAAUCCCUUUCAUACUGUAUGUGACCUGAUAUGUACAUAAAUUGACAAAAGCGUGAAUAAAUUUUUGGAAAUAUUUGCA